CCACGGCGCGCAGUCCAGCAACGUCAAGGCCACGCCCACCCCGGGAGCUUCGGGGGCGUCGGCGCAGUCCCAGGCCCACGGCGCCAAGGCCAGCCCUAGCGGCAGUGCCAGUGCCAGUGGCAGCGCCCGCGCCAGUCCCGGUGCCACCAACGGUCCCAACGCCCAUACGACCGGUUCAGCUAGCGGGUACACUCCUUUCAAGGGCGGUGCGGCCCCUAUUACCAAUGCUCUCCCUAGCCUGGUCUUCUCGGGGGCGCUGGCUGGUGUUGUUGCUCUGGUCGCGUACCUGUGA